CGGCAGAAGCAGCUGGCAGAUGCCGAGAUGGAGAAGCACAAGAAGUUCGCUGAGCAGACGCUGCGGCAGAAGGCACAGGUGGAGCAGGAGCUGACCAAGGUGAAGCUGCAGCUGGAUGAGACGGACCACCAGAAGGGCAUUCUGGAUGAGGAGCUGCAGCGGCUGAAGGAAGAGGUGACUGAUGCUGUCAGGCAGAAGGCCCAGGUGGAGGAGGAGCUCUUCAAGGUCCGGGUGCAGAUGGAAGAGCUGGCGAAGCUGAAGAGCCGGAUCGAGGAGGAGAACAAGGCGCUGAUCCUCAAGGACAAGGACAACACGCAGAAGUUCCUGGCAGAGGAGGCUGAGAAGAUGAAGCAGGUGGCAGAGGAGGUUGCCCGGCUCAGCGUGGAGGCCCAGGAGGCCGCCCGCAUGCGGAAGCUGGCCGAGGACGACCUGGCGCAGCAGCGGGCACUGGCGGAGAAGAUGCUCAAGGAGAAGAUGCAGGCGAUACAGGAGGCCACGCGGUUGAAGGCUGAGGCAGAGAUGCUGCAGAAGCAGAAGGACCUGGCGCAGGAGCACGCCAAGCGGCUGCAGGAAGACAAGGAGCAGAUGCAGCAGCGCCUGGCUGAGGAGACUGAGGGUUUUCAGAAAACCCUGGAAGCUGAGCGCCGGCGGCAGCUGGAGAUCACAGCUGAGGCUGAGCGCCUCAAGCUGCACGUGGCAGAGAUGAGCAUGGCCCAGGCCAAGGCCGAGGAGGAAGCCAAGCGGUUCAAGAAGCAGGCGGAGGAGAUCAGUGAAAGGCUGCACGAGACUGAGCUGGCCACGCAGGAGAAGAUGACACUGGUGCACACUCUGGAAAUCCAGCGGCAUCAGAGUGACCAGGACGCAGAGAAGCUGCGGAGGGCCAUUGCUGAGCUGGAGCAGGAGAAGGAGAAGCUGAAGCAGGAGGCGGCAUUGCUGCAGCAGAAGGCGGAGGAGAUGCAGGUGGCCCAGCAGGCACAGCUCCGCCAGGAGACGCAGCUGCUCCAGCAGACCUUCCUGACAGAGAAGGACGCCCUGCUGCAGAAGGAGAAGUUCAUCGAGGAGGAGAAAACAAAGCUGGAGAAGCUCUUUAAAGACGAGGUGAACAAAGCCCAGAACCUGAAGGCAGAGCAGGAGCGGCAACAGAAGGAGAUGGAGCAGGAGAAGCAGCAGUUGAAAGCCAUGCUGGAUGAAGCGAAGAAGCAUCAGAAAGAAGCAGAGGAAAACGUCCAGCACAAGCAGGAGGAGCUGCAGCAGCUGGAGAGACAGCGGCAGCAGCAGGAGAAACUCCUGGAAGAUGAGAACAAGAAGCUCAGGGAGAGACUCCAGCAGAUGCAGGAAGAGUACAAGGCUGCUCUGGCCCAGACACGAGAGAUCAUGAUCCAGACAGAUGACCUGCCUGAGGAGGCCACGGUUAUGACAACGCAGCUGCCGGAUAUCAAAGCUGUGCCCAACGGCAGAGAUGCGGUGGAUGGCUUAGCGCAGAACGGGGAGCCAGAGUUCGCGUUUGAUGGCAUCCGUCAGAAAGUAUCGGCAGAGAAGCUGGCUGAUGCUGGCAUUUUGAGCAAGGAGAGCUUAGACAAGUUGGCGAAGGGCAUUGUGAGUGUUGGCGAGCUCUCGCAGAGGGAAGACAUCAAGAAGUACCUGCAGGGAAAAAAAAGAAAGAGCAGCAUCGCCGGUUUGUUAAUCAAACCCACCAAUCAAAAGAUGAGCAUCUAUGAAGCCAUGAAGAAGAAGCUGCUCAGCCCAGGCACCGCGCUGGUCCUCCUGGAAGCGCAGGCUGCCUCCGGCUUCAUAAUUGACCCUGUGCGAAAUGCGAGGCUCUCAGUGAAUGAGGCGGUGAGAGAGGGAGUGAUUGGGCCAGAACUGCACAAUAAGAUGCUGUCUGCUGAACGGGCGGUAACUGGCUACAAGGAUCCUUACACGGGCGACAAGAUCUCACUCUUCCAGGCCAUGACGAAGGAGCUCAUUGUCAGGGAGCAUGGCAUUCGCCUGCUCGAGGCCCAGAUCGCCACCGGUGGCAUCAUCGACCCUGUCAACAGCCACCGCCUGCCUGUAGAAGCUGCCUACAAGAGGGGCUACUUCAAUGAGGAGAUGAACCAGGUCCUCUCUGACCCCACCGAUGACACCAAGGGCUUCUUUGACCCCAAUACACAGGAGAACCUCACCUACCUGCAGCUCAUGGAGCGGUGUGUGACUGACCCAGACACAGGGCUGUGCCUCCUGCCGCUCACUGACCAGGCAGCCAAAGCAAGAGAGCUGGUCUACACUGACAAAGAAGCUAAGGACGUCUUUAAGAAGGCCACAGUGACGGCACCGUUUGGCAAGUUCCAAGGGAAGACAGUGACCAUCUGGGAGAUCAUCAACUCUGAAUACUUCACUGAGGACCAAAGGCGGGACCUGAUCCAACAGUACAGGACUGGCAAGAUCACAGUGGAGAAGAUCAUUAAAAUUAUCAUCACGGUUGUAGAGGAAAGUGAGAAAAAGAGACAGAUGUGCUUUGAGGGCCUCCGGGCCCCUGUGCCUGCCACUGAGCUGCUGGAAAGUGAAAUCAUCAACAAGGACCUCUACAACCAGCUGCACCAGGGCAAGAAGUCUGUGAAGGAUGUGGCAGAGAUGGAGUCUGUGCAGCAGUAUCUGAAGGGCACGGAUGCCAUUGCCGGCGUCCUAAUAGAGUCGACUGGCCAGAAGCUCACCUUCUACGAUGCCCUGAAAAGAAACCUGCUGAAGCCAGAGAUUGCCCUGUCCCUGUUGGAAGCGCAGGCUGCCACCGGCUACAUCAUUGACCCUGUGAGGAACAAGCUGUUCUCUGUUGAUGAGGCGGUGAAGGCCGAGGUGGUAGGGCCAGAGUUUCACGAGAAGCUGCUGUCUGCAGAGAAGGCGGUGACUGGCUACAAGGAUCCCUAUACAGGCCAGACGGUUUCCCUUUACCAAGCACUCAAGAAGGGCCUCAUCCCCAGUGAUACCGGGUUCCGUCUGCUGGACAUCCAGCUCGCCACUGGAGGCAUCAUCGAUCCCGUGAACAGCCACCGCCUCCCACUUAAGGUUGCCUAUAAGCGGGGCUACUUCGACCCGGAGAUAAAUGAGGCUCUGUCUGAGCUCCGAGAUGGUGCCAAGGCUUUCUAUUGUCCCAACACCCAAGAGCAUCUCACUUAUGCCCAGUUGCAGGAGAACUGCCACCGUGACAAGCAGACUGGCUUCUCCCUGCUGCCGCUGUCGGACAAAGCCAUCCAAUCACAGCAGGAGGAGGUCUACACAGACAGCCAGGCGAAGGAGUGCUUUAACAAGGCGACCGUAGAGGUCCCAGUGGGCAGCAUGAAGGGCCAGACAAUGACCAUCUGGGAACUGAUCCACUCCGAGUACUUCACUGAGGAGCACCGGCGGGAGCUCCUCCGACAGUACAAGACUGGCAAGGUGACCAUCGAGAAGAUCAUCAAGAUUGUGAUCACCAUCAUUGAGGAGGCAGAGACCAAAAAGCAGGAGAAGCUGACAUUCAGUGGCCUCCGGGCACCCGUACCUGCCAGUGAGCUGGUGGAGUCCCGCAUCAUCAGCAAAGCCCAGUAUGAGCAGCUGAAGGAAGGCAAGAAAUCGGUGAAGGACCUCUCUGAGACAGAUGCAGUGAGGAGAUUCCUGCAUGGCAGCGACUGCAUUGCCGGCGUCUAUGUGGAGGCGACCAAGGAGAAGCUGAACAUCUAUGAGGCCAUGAAGAGGAACCUGCUGAGACCCAGCACUGCUGUGGUCCUCCUGGAGGCCCAGGCAGCAACUGGGUUCUUGAUUGACCCUGUGAAGAACCGAAAAUUGUAUGUCAAUGAGGCUGUGAAGGCUGGUGUCAUCGGGCCUGAGCUGCAUGAGAAGCUGCUGUCUGCCGAGAAGGCUGUCACUGGGUACAAGGACCCCUACUCAGGUAACACCAUCUCCCUCUUCCAGGCCAUGAAGAAAGGACUUAUUGUCAAGGAGCACGGCAUCCGCCUGCUCGAGGCCCAGAUUGCCACGGGUGGAAUCAUUGACCCUGUUAACAGCCACCGCCUCCCCAUGGAGGUGGCCUACAAGCGGGGCUACUUUGACGAGGAAAUGAACCGAACCCUCUCCGACCCCACCGAUGACACCAAGGGCUUCUUCGACCCCAACACCCAUGAGAACCUCACCUACAUGCAGUUGAAGGAGAAGUGCAUCGAGGAUCCUGAGACGGGCCUGUAUCUGCUGCCUCUGCGGGAGCCUGAGAAGCCUACAGUGGUGGAGACCACCCAGGUGUACACAGAGGCAGAGACGCGGAAGGUGUUUGAGGAGACACAGGUGGACAUCCCCGUGGGCAGCAGGGCGGGCUCCUCCAUGUCACUCUGGGAGAUCAUGCACUCGGACCUGCUGCCUGAGGAGCAGCGGAAGCAGCUCAUGGAGGAGUUCCAGUCGGGCCGUGUGUCCAAGGAACGCAUGAUCAUCAUCAUCAUUGAGAUCAUCGAGAAGACUGAGAUCAUCCGGCAGCAGAAUCUUACAUCCUAUGACUACGUCCGGCGCCGCAUUACAGCUGAGGACCUCUACGAGGCCAAGAUCAUCUCUCUAGACAUCUACAACCUGCUGAAGCAGGGCUCCAAAACCUUCCGGGAGCUCCUGGAUGUGGAGACUGUCUGGAAGUACCUCUACGGAUCGGGCUGUGUGGCUGGCAUCUACAUCCCCUCUUCCAAGCAGAAGCUUAGUAUCUACCAGGCACUGAAGAAGGGGCUGAUCAACUCCGAAGUGGCCCGCUCCCUCCUGGAGGCCCAGGCUGCCACUGGUUUCAUGAUUGACCCCACAAAGAAUGAGAUGCUGACUGUUGACGAAGCAGUCAGGAAAGGCGUGGUGGGGCCUGAAAUCCAUGACCGGCUCCUGUCCGCAGAGAGGGCUGUGACUGGUUACAGAGACCCGUACAGUGAACAGAAGAUUUCCAUCUUCCAGGCUAUGAAGAAAGACCUCAUUCCCAGCGAAGAGGCCCUCAAGCUCCUGGAUGCCCAGAUAGCCACCGGUGGCAUCAUUGACCCUCACCUGGGAUUCCAUCUGCCCCUGGAGGUGGCCUACCAGCGGGGUUUCAUCAACAAGGACACAUAUGACAUGCUGUCUGAGCCCAGUGAGGUGCGAAGCUACGUGGACCCAUCCACGGAGGAGAAGCUCAGCUACACCCAGCUCCUGAAGCGGUGCCGGAAGGACGAGAACAGCGGGCUCCUCCUCCUCCCACUCUGCGACACAAGGAAGCUCACCUUCCGGGGGCUGCGGAAGCAGAUCACUGUGGAGGAGCUGGUCCGUUCACAGGUGAUGGAUGAAGCCACUGCCCAGCGCCUCCAGGAGGGCCUCACCUCCAUCGAGGAGGUUUCUAAGAACCUGAAGAAGUUCCUGGAGGGCACCAGCUGCAUUGCUGGCGUCUUUGUGGACUCCACAAAGGAGCGGCUGUCUGUGUACCAGGCCAUGAAGAAGGGUAUCAUCAGGCCAGGCACUGCAUUUGAGCUCCUGGAGGCACAGGCGGCCACGGGGUACGUGAUUGACCCCAUCAAGGGCCUCAAGCUGACAGUGGAGGAAGCUGUGCGGAUGGGCAUCGUGGGCCCUGAGUUCAAGGACAAGCUGCUCUCUGCUGAGAGGGCGGUCACUGGCUACCGGGAUCCCUACUCCGGAAAGCUCAUCUCUCUCUUCCAGGCCAUGAAGAAGGGCCUUAUCCUGAAGGACCACGGGAUCCGCUUGCUUGAGGCCCAGAUUGCAACAGGAGGCAUAAUUGAUCCUGAGGAGAGCCACCGCCUCCCUGUGGAGAUUGCCUACAAGAGGGGCCUCUUUGACGAGGAGAUGAACGAGAUCCUGCUGGAUCCCAGCGAUGACACCAAGGGUUUCUUCGACCCCAACACAGAGGAGAACCUCACCUACCUGCAGCUCAUGGAGCGGUGCAUCACUGACCCAGAGACCGGCCUCUGCCUCCUGCCCCUGAAGGAGAAGAAGCGGGAGAGAAAGACCUCCUCCAAGUCCUCUGUCCGCAAGCGCAGGGUGGUGAUUGUUGACCCAGAGACAGGCAAGGAGAUGUCCGUGUAUGAAGCCUAUCGCAAAGGCCUCAUCGACCACCAGACCUACCUGGAGCUGUCUGAGCAGGAGUGCGAGUGGGAGGAGAUCACCACCUCCUCAUCUGACGGUGUGGUGAAGUCAAUGAUCAUCGACAGGCGCUCGGGGCGCCAGUAUGACAUUGACGAUGCCAUCGGCAAGGGCCUGAUCGACCAGUCAGCCCUGGACCAGUACCGCUCGGGCACCCUCUCCAUCACCGAGUUUGCAGACAUGCUCUCUGGCAACAUGAGCGGCUUCCGGUCACGGUCGUCCUCUGUGGGAUCAUCCUCCUCCUACACUGUCAGCCCAGCCCCUACGCGAACGCAGAUAUCCAUGUGGAGCGACCCGACGGAGGAGACCGGGCCGGUGGCAGGUAUCCUGGACACAGACACUCUGGAGAAGGUGUCCAUCACAGAGGCGAUGCGCCGCAACCUUGUGGACAACAUCACAGGGCAGAGGCUGCUGGAAGCCCAGGCCUGCACCGGGGGCAUCAUUGACCCCAACACUGGGGAUAAGUGCUCCGUUGCCGACGCGGUGAACAAGGGCCUGGUCGACAAAAUCAUGGUGGACCGCAUCAACCUGGCGCAGAAGGCCUUCUACGGCUUCGAGGACCCACGGACCAAGACGAAGAUGUCAGCAGCCCAGGCCCUGAAGAAGGGCUGGCUGUACUAUGAGGCUGGGCAGCGCUUCUUGGAGGUGCAGUACCUGACAGGGGGCCUGAUCGAGCCCGACGUCGAGGGCCGCGUCUCCUUGGACGAGGCGCUGCAGAAGGGCACCAUUGACACACGCACGGCCCAGAAGCUGCGGGACGUGAACACCUACUCCAAGUAUCUCACCUGCCCAAAAACCAAGCUCAAGAUCUCCUACAAGGACGCGAUGGACCGAAGCAUGAUCGAGGACGGGACCGGCCUGCGGCUGCUGGAGGCCUCCUCCCAGUCCAGCAAAGGCUACUACAGCCCCUACAACGUCAGCAGCGCCGGCUCCACCUCCGGCUCCCGGUCGGGCUCCCGGACUGGGUCCCGGUCAGGCUCCAGGCGAGGUAGCUUUGAUGCCACUGGCUCCGGCUUCUCCAUGACCUUCUCUUCCUCCUCCUACUCUUCCUCAAGUUUUGGGCGCAGAUAUGCUGCGGGUCCCCAGAGUGCCAUGGAGGUGGCUGCCCUCGCCCUUGCCUUGUCCCUCCCGAGCAGGAGCUGCGGGCAGGAGGUGAGCGGGGAGCCCCCUGGGCUGCGCGGGCCCCCGCAUGGAGGUGGCUGCCCUCGCCCUUGCCUUGUCCCUCCCGAGCAGGAGCUGCGGGCAGGAG